UGGGUUAAGACGAGACCGCAGCGGAGCCGAGGCAGCAGCGGCAGCUGCGGGGGUCGGUGUCGGAGUUGGACGCUGUAGCCAGUGUCUGCGAUGGAGCAGCCGAAGAAGGCAGUGGUGGUGACGGGAUUUGGACCGUUUGGAGAACAUACAGUUAAUGCCAGCUGGAUUGCUGUUCAGGAGCUGGAAAAGCUGGGACUGGGAGACAGCGUGGACCUUCAUGUGUACGAAAUUCCUGUGGAAUACCAAACAGUCCAGAGGCUUAUACCUGCCCUGUGGGAAAAACACAGUCCUCAACUGGUCGUCCAUGUAGGGGUGUCUGGCAUGGCAACCACAGUUACCUUGGAAAAGUGUGGCCAUAACAGUGGAUACAAAGGGCUGGACAACUGCCUUUUCUGUCCUGGCUCCCACUGCUGCGUAGAGAAUGGGCCGGAAUCCAUCGACUCCAUCAUCGACAUGGACGCCGUCUGCAAGAGAGUGACCACCCUGGGCCUAGAUGUCACAGUGACCAUAUCCCAGGAUGCUGGCAGGUACCUCUGUGAUUUUACUUACUACACCUCCUUAUACCAGAGCCAUGGCAGAUCUGCAUUUGUGCAUGUCCCUCCGCUAGGAAAACCCUAUAACGCAGACCAGUUGGGCCGGGCCCUACAAGCCAUCAUCGAAGAAAUGCUGGACGUGUUGGAGCAGUCUGAAGACCAAAUCAACUAUGGGCACCAACACUGAGCAGGACGGGAUGGGUGGAUUGUCGUGGUCAUGCUUGGGAGCGGUCCCCUCCUGCUCAGGACUCUAGGUACGCCAUUCCGCCCUGCUGUCCAGCACAGGCCCUAAAGACUCGAGCACACGUACUUGGCUUUGCUCAAUUUCUCUGGUGCAUUCCCCUCCUCUUACCUUGCACCAGCGAAGUUGAUUCGAGGGAGGGGGCAAAGGUUUCUCUUUCUCCUUUCCUUUCAUUUUCUUUUUUGAAAACCAGCUGCAACCAUUUACUUUGUUUCCUGAAGUGGCCAGACUUUCUGCGGAGUCUGUCCAUUGGUCAAGUGAUAUCAACAGACUCGACUACAUGCUGAGGUCCAGAUGUUCAGGAUUGACAUCUGGAACUGGAGUGUUUGGUUCAAGGGAAACUGGAUGAUAACCUCCUCCUUCCCCAUGGUGUCUGGUUAGUCCUUAAUCUAAAAGAUUGGGUAAGGGACUUUGGUUAGGUCUUUGUAUACAGUAAUAGAAAACAGGCAAACCUAAAAAGGCUGAGGUGGGAUGGCUUUCAUUUUAAGGCUGGCACUAGUUUGGGACACUGAUUAAUUUAUAAUCCUUCUUGGUUAAAAGUCAAACAUGAUACAGCAAAGUUGUUUUCUGGUUUUAGGUUGGGAUUCAGUUUCUUUCCAUCAGCUCCAAAGGUUCAGCCCAGAAAUGUGGAUCUAUGAGACUCACCGUUGUUCUGGGUAUCCUAGGGAGCCCCACAGAGAUCCAUUUUUCUUGCUGUCUAGAGCAUGGAGGGAGGUGCCCCAUUCCCAGCUGCACACCCUCCUUGCCAAUUUUCCCACCCUAGCCCAGAGCUUUGUGUUGCUUGGGAGAAAAAGAUUGUUUGGUUUGUGUGUGUGUGGGUGGGAUAUUUUGCUUUGAUGGUAUUAUUUUUCAUUCUUAAACACACACACACACACACACACACACAACACAACAAUUCAUUGAGCUGAAAAAAUAUCCGAGCAGCCACUGUCUGCCAUUUGUGAUUGGUUUGUCUGCCCUCCUGGUACUAGGGGUGGAUGCAACUCAGUAACCUUUAGAGUAACUCAUUAGGCUGUAUUAUCUUUUCUGUACUGCCCCUCUCAAGGGGAGGGCUCCCUGGUAGGGACUCUAUUUUAAGAACUGGUGACGAGUUCAUUAGAUGAACAUUUCCAAAGGGGAUUUCCAGGCAGCACUAAAAGUGUGCGUGCAGCCUUCCCCUCUUUCUUAGAUCUAACCCAGGAGUGUUGAGGCCUAGAAUGGGGUUUGGGGGAGGGGGUGCCAUGAGACAGGGGAAAGACCCUCCAACAGAACUUUGACCUUUGGCCCUUCAUGUGAGAACAUGGCAGUGAGAGCAUUGCGGGCCCUAGUGGGGGAGGCAGGCAUGGAGGACCAAGAGGGAGCCAGGCAUUGGGCCUUCCUGCCAAAGCUGAAGAAGUUAGCAGCAGGCAAGCCCCCAGCCCACAAAAAGUAGCCAGAAACUGUGUUGUGCAAUAGGGGGCAGAGUCCCUAUGAGCAAAAAUGAGAACAGGCAUCGCUGAGCUGCGUCCUGAAGACAGCUUAAUUGCCAAUAAGUAGCUUAAGCAUCUCCCCAAACUCUGCUCAGGAAUCCCUCCACUUCUUUUGCAAACCUUUUUGUUUUUAAAAUGAAUGUGAUUUUACUAUGUACACGUCAAAGAUGCUGCAAUUGGACUCAAUAAGAGCCAUCCUAUCAGCAUUUCCCAGCCAUAGAUUCUUUUUUUAAAUGAAAUUCAUUUUCUUAAUGAAGGAAAAGGGCAAGAUUUUUUUAAGGCCAUGAGCAAUUUCUACUCCUUUCUCUUCCUUUGGCGGCAAUAUGGCUUAGUAGAUGGCAUGAUGGAUUUGCUCUCAGCGAGACCUGGGUUCAAAUCCUGCCUCUGACAUUUACUAGCUAGCUGAGUGACCUUGGGCCACAGUCUCCGCUAUAAAA